AUCUCUGAGUGUUGUUUCCUCUCUUGUAAAACGCGAAAGGGAAACUAAAGAAUCUCGAAAGUCUUCUUCAGAUCUGUAAAAUGAUGGAAAAUGUCAGACCUUAUGAUUGCAGCCUUCAAGCAGGCCUGGCAGAGUAGUCAGGGUCAGGUGAUCUUCGAGCUCCUAAUUGAAGCCCUCACUCGACCGAGGGGGCAGGCUGAGGCUUGCAGGGGCAUCUGCUCCGGGCUAGCCCUCAGAGAUCAUCAUCUGGGGGCAGAGAGCCCAGUUCAGACCCCCAGCUCCUGUCCCACAGACCCAGGUCCGGUCUGCUCUGCACCGUCCGUCCGUCGGGUCUGCUCUGCACCUCUGGCAGCUCCACACCCAGGACCACGGGUUUCUCUGGCUGCAUCUCCCAGCCACGACCAGCUCGAAGAAGAGAGGGAGAUAAGGCUCUGUGUGAACUACUCAAGAGCGAAACUUGAAACGAGAGAGAUGAUCAGAAACGGGAUUGGUGCUCUGACGAGAGAAGGCGCUUCCCCAAGCCCCAGGCAGACGCAGACCUUGCUCCUUUCACACCUGGGGAUCUGCGGUGGCAAGUCCUCCUCUCCAGCACAACCUCCAGGAAUGACUGGAGAGAGCAGAACCCUGAACAAGGCCAAUAAAACCAAGCAUCAGAGAGGACUGACAUGCAGAGGAAGGGGACCCAACAUAGGAGAGCAGCGUGGGGAACUCGUAGGAGCGGAGGGCAAGGAGGCUAAGCGCCGGUCUGCGGAUGCGCCGCCAUUUCCAAACCAGCCCUUACUGGCUAACAGGCCUGGAAGGGGGCCUCCGAGUGACUUGCUGGAACCCAGAGUAGGUGGCGGUAAUGGUGCCCAUUUUAUAGAUGUGAAAACCGAGAUGAGAUUCAGUGACCCAAAGGUGGCUUCCAAAGGCCUUAAGCCUUUGGCUCCUUGUCAAGCUCGGCGUCUGAGACAGCUCUCCCAGCCCUGCUCCUCUGCUAGUGCCCUCGAUGCCCCCAUGACGCACACUCCCAUUAUCUACAGGGUGGCUAGCAAUCGGAUCCCCACCAACUGGGAGCAUUCACACUCGCAACCACAGCCAGACCUGCCUAAGUUCAAGGGCACCACUCAGCACGUGGGCUGCCAUGUGCUGCUGGCAUUUGGUUAUUAUAAACUGUAA